AUGUACAACUAUCCGUCUCUCCUGCGCGCCUCCCUCGACGACCGCUCUGUGACGCCCGCAUUUGCCUGCCAGCUGCUGCACACAGGCGACGUACCACCCUCUCACCUGGCCUCGCAUGUCCGGAGGCUACACCUCAACGUCGCGCGUCCAAAUUCGCUCACGUACGGUGACCUAAACUCCUCUCUCGCCCCGUCUACGAGCGUCGCUCCCCGCAGACACCGCCCUGUUCACGCGCUGUAA